GUCUCAUUUUGACAAACUAGCUUUCUGGUGUUCUAGCGUUUUUUCAAGGAUUCAAAUACAGCGCAUUGUCUCCUAUGGAGGCAACAAAUUCAAGUCGUUCUGCAAAGCCAACAGCGUCCGUAGAACCGGACACAGAAAGUGCGCACGCCAACACUGUGUGUGUUGAAACGCUUAAUCAAUGUGAGCAAGGACAUACUGAAAUGAUAUCGAAGUUUGAUAUCAAUGCCCAGGCGUAUUUAGAGUCGACUGUGAUGGACACACUUAAUCAGGGACUGGAAGAUUUGUGUCGUGUAAAACCUGCUAAUCCAAUUGAUUACCUAGCCUUCUACUUACUAAGGCGUUCUCCAUCUAGUAAUGUUGUAGAGGUACCCUAUAAUGAUACCAAACCGCAGGUUCAAAGCACCUUGCCCCAAAGGAUUUGAUAAUUUUAUGAAUAUCUGAAGACUUCCUUGCGUUUCUUGUCCUUAUAGAUGUGGAAAGUGUUAACGCCAUGUCGUAUGUAAAAUUAUACUUGGACACGACAAUUCUGUGAUCUCGCAAUGAAUAUUAAUAACAACGAAAAAAGAAAAAAA